AGACCGAAUCAGAAAAAAAGGCUCGAAUUAUUAUUCUGCAGAAUUAGACUUGGAAGUGAAAUAGACUCAAAAGCGUCAGAUAACGAGCCCGGUAGAGGGAAACGCAAAGAGCAAGGUUGUGAGAAUCACUUUGGAGCACUAGAACCA